UCGAACGUUGAGCGUACGACUGAGCAUGCACAUGGAAAUGUCUCCUACCGGCGUGCUCGAACAACCGAAUGCUUCUAUGAAAUCUUGUUUGGAAAAUCUCUACAUUCGAUCCGAUUUUAAGGUAUGUGUUGGAUUAGGUGAUAUGCACCCGGGGAUUUAGUUGUGAAUGCGAUCGAAUUAACGGUUUGGAUGAUCUGCUCGUUAGUCGCGCCCGGUGGAGAUCAGCUGAGCACAUAAACAAUAAAUGUAUUAAAUAUUUACUGUAUUAUAAGCUGAUACCGUGUUUUUUAGCCCAAGACAUUUUACGAUUUAUUAGCAUUGUGUUCGACUUUACAGCUGUAUUUAUAAUCUAGUGGCAGUUUCGAAAUCAAAUGCAAACGAAAUCCUUUUUUUUUAAGAAUUAACGUUACACUAUUAUAUGUAAGUGGGUGUACUUUUUAUGUUUUUUUUUUAGUGAUGAACCAAUACAAUUCCAAUAAAUCCUGCGAAAAUAAUACCUAAAGCUUUAUGAUAAGAAAAUGGUAUUUCUAAUACAAACCACUUGGGUCAAGUGUUCUGUUAUGAGCUUAUCUAAAUUAAAAAACAUUUGCUGUCUUGCAAGCACUGAUUUCCCCCCACAUUUAUAAUUGACAGUGUGUUUGGGAUGGAAACUGAAGGCAAGAGUGAUGGUCAAGUUAGUGAUUCCUGAUGCUGAGUUGAUGUUUCAGAGUUUAUUCUCUCUCACUGCAGCGUGUGAAGCAGGUGAUACGGUUAUGUCAAGUUAAUGGCAGCAGGAGUCAUCAGGGAACAGAAGCAUCAGUGGCAGGAAAAUGAACGGCGAAGAACCUGGUAUAGGAGGUCCAACCCCAGCAGUGGUUGGGUAUUUGGGAAAAUGGGAAGACAAAAAUGCCUCACCUGGGAAUUGUCCUUGGUGUUUGGGAAAAGGUCAGGCAAAUGCUCUCCGGUACUACGCCAUCAAUUUGGAGGAGACCAUUAUGCUCUGUACAAAUCCAGUGUGCCUUUACCCCCUUGUUAGCAGACCACUGGAAGAUGUGCGUGCUGGUUUGUCUAAAACUAUUGAAGGAUGCAAGAGGAAAUCCUCCAUCCUGCCUGAGGUUGAUGACAUAUCCUCCCCUUCAAAACGGCCAAAAGAUGAGAACCUAGAGGUGUUGCCUGCUCUUUCCGAGCCAUGCAAUCUCAAUGCUUCAUCCCUUCCGGAUCACACUGAAAUGUUAAAUGGGGAACAGUUCAUAUUUGAAACAAACACUGUCUCUAUUAAUGACACUGAGAAUCAAAAUCCUGAGGAGUUACCCGUUGGCACUGAUGUGGAUGUUGACUUGGAUGUAGACAAGAAGGAUGAUGGUGUAUCUAGCACUCAAGAUGAGAGAGAGGAGAUGGAUGAAUUUGAUAUAGAAGCACUAGUAGAAUUGGUUCCUUUGCAACCUCAUCUCUUCUGGAAAAAUGAGGAUAAUCUGUGUUGGUUGGAUUCGUUGUUGGUUAUGCUUGUGAACUGCAGGACGAUCAGGGAGGCUCUGAAUCAGGAUGUAAAUGUGCCGGACUCUGUGGUUAGGAACUUUUUCUCGACGUAUGAUAAGACAUGUGCGUACGUAAAAGCAAAGGAACAGCAGUGUGAAGACAAGAUAACCAGAGUCCCAGCGGACGUCCUGAAAGAGGCGGAGCGACAGCUCUCUGCUCUCCGUUUGUCACUCUUCAAACUCCUUCAGCCUACACUCAAGUGUGAAAUUGGUAAGAAAGAAACGCCUGUCUUUGCUCUCCCUCUACUUCUGCGGUCAGAUAAAUGGGCCGAGGAGCUUUUCCAGCACACUGUCCGCUGGGAAUUUAGGUGCACAUCCUGUGGUUAUACUGUCAACAACAGCGGCGUGAACACUCUAACAACAUUAACUCAGAUUAUGUCUGACUGGCACCCGCUGAAAGCGACCCACCGAACUCAAUGCAGUAACUGCAGCCGUAAAAACCAGAGAAGGAAAAUGGUACUUGAGAGGUUAUCUUCCGUGUUUGCUCUUCACUUCGUGGAGGGCCUGCCAAGAAAAGACAUCUCUAAAUACUCAUUUGAGUUUGAGGGCACCCACUACAAUGUUAGCACUAUCUUUCAGUACAAUAAAGAUCUCAAGCACUUUGUCACAUGGAUCCGCCAGAGUAAUGGAUCAUGGCUGGAAAUUGAUGACUUGAAAUACCCUAACAGCAUCACUCACAAAAGGUUUACGCUCCGUGCAAAGGAAAUUCACGUUGUUUUCUGGGAGUCCGAGUCCAGACAGGACAGUGCUUCUGAGGCCUGCCCGCUGACAGCUCCUUCCGUCACGGACAUUGAUGAUAAUCAGCUGUCUGAUUCUGCAGCCGAUGACGCGUAUGUGCUAAGUGCGAUGACUGUAAGCGAGGACGCAGAUGUCACCAAUUCCACUACUUUAAAUGCAUCUAUUGGCAACACCACAUUACUGGACACGUUUGAGGGACUUACACACACGGACAUCGUGACCCUCACUCUGGUAGAGGAGAAUGCUGUUACCGAGGCAACACAUCUUCCGGUUCCACAGCCCCCAGCUUUCGUGCCCGCCGUCAUCCCCAAUCUUCCAGUAGCAUCUAGUGUGUCUUCUAAUUUUCCUUCUUCAAGCCCUCCGAAGCACACUCAGACACACAGUUCUGGUUCCUCAGAAGUAACUCUAUCUUCAGCCGUGAAGCAGACAGUAGCUACAGAAAUGCAUUCACCCUUACCUCCACCAGCAGUUGCUAGAAAUACAGUUGGCCUACAACACGCUUCAUUACUUCAACGGCAUCCUAGUUUCCAGUCUACUCCAGUAAGACCCCCUGCUCCGAAACCGAGACCCACUCUGAGAUGCGAGAACAACGAAGCUUACCCAGCAAAGCCGGCGGAAACUUUCAGUGGUUUCUUAAGCAGGAAGGGAACUGGUCUGCCAAAUCCAACUGGUAAAAAUCCUUCCACAGGCGCUAGUCAUACCAGUAAAGCAUCCGACAUCCUGAAAUUGAAUGGUAAGAAAACUUCAAGCCUUUCGGUGGAUAAGCAGCCUACCACCACAACUGAAGCUCUCAGGAUGAAGCUCAUGAAGAAACUCCAGGCAAAGAAAAAGAAACUUGCCAAGCUAAACCAGCUCCUGGUAAACGGAGGAGAAAUCACCCCGAAGCCGGACAGCACGGCGCUCUUGUCACCGUACUCUGUCACUUCCAGCACCUCAGCAUAUGACAGCCCAGCAUAUGACCAGUUCUUUGCCGAGCUGUUGUCUCCCGUGACGGUUAGCAACCUCUCGCCUGAUAGUACAGAUCUGCAGGAGAUGUUAAACAAUUCCCAGAAUAGCGAGACCAUGAAUGGAAGUUUACGGUCUGAUUCUACUAUUCCAACCGUGGUGCCUGAACAAACUUUGAUCUACCCCUCUUCAACUGAUGAUUCUAUUAUGAAUCUUGAUGACUUUAUACAAACUGAAAUGGGUCAGACUGCUAUUGAAAACACAGAUUUUAAUUCAUUAGAUUUGUUCUUCUGAUGAAGGAGCCUCCUAGAACCUUCAGUUAAGUUGUUCCUGAGCAUUCUUCUUAUGUUUUAUAUUGAGGAUCUAAGAAUUUUGUUAGAAGAUAAUGUGAUGCAUCAUCGAGCGAAUCUAGAUGUCAUGUCGGAAUCACUUUAAGGUUAGAAAACAUUGUGUAUUUGUAUAUGUUCUUGUAAAGUUUUGUACAAAACUACAGAUUUUUUUUGUCUUGCUGGUUUUAUAGUUGGCAGUAUUUAAACAAUUUAUAUUAAAUUUUCUCUGAAAUGGAA